AUGAAGGAGAGGACUGGAGAAAGUUGGAAGCCUCUGUACUUUCCCCUUCCCCCUACAUUUCCGCUUUUUUCUCUCCCCUGUCCGCUUUUCCCGCUCCCCAUUCCGCCUUUCUCCUCCCCUUUCCGCUUUUCUCCCCUUUCCUUUCCGCUUUUUUCCUCCCCUUUCCGCUUUUCCCCUCCCCUUUCCACGCUCCCCUCAUCUUCCAGGACUUCACAUCCCCAUUCUCCGCUCAUUCCCCCCUCUUUCCAGUCACCCUCCCAACCCCCCACUCUCAUCACUGUUGCGCUCUAUUGUUCUCUUCCUUCACGCCCAUCCUCAGCUCCCCUCGAUUCACCCCUCGUUCCCCCUCUUCCCCCCUCCUCCCCUCUUCCCCCUUUUCUGACUCACCCCUCAUCCCCCCUCCAACACCCAUACCUCAACUUUUCCUCCGCUCAUGCUUCUUCUCCAUCACGAUCACCCCUCAUCUCCCUCCCCUCCCCUGCCACCGCCCCCUCACUACCCUCAUCUCUCUCACCCCCCUCCCCUCUACCACAGCGUAGCUACCCCUCAUUCCCCCCCCGCCCUUCCCUCACAUUUUCCCCACUCACCCCUCAUCUGUUCUCGCCCAUGCUCUCCGCAUUCCCCUCGCUUCUCCCUGAAUGGCUGCUUGUGUUUACAUGUGGCACUCCCAGUGUGACUGCUGUCCUCAUCCGCCCCGCCCUUCCCCCACCUUCCCCCCACUCACCCCUCAUCUGUUCUCGCACAUGCACUCUGCAUUCCCCUCCUUUCCCCAUGUAUGACUGCUUGUGCUCAGUGUAUGCCAUUUGA